AAAAAGCCUGAUGAUUACACGCGCCAUCUAUUAUUUAUUUUUUAAAAAAGGAGAAUUUAAACUUGUUAUUGGCGAAAAGUAAUUAAAAAGUAAUAAUUAAUUAAGGCAUAGUAUGGUUAUUUGAACUGGCAACAUCGCGUUGUUUACCGUUACACGUGAUCCACAUAUAGAAAAAAAACCAACAAAAGGGGAUUGCACCAGCAAAAAAAAAAACAACCAAAGCAAAAGAAAAAAAAACCAUUCAUUUUCAAUGUCAGCCUGUCUUUUAGCUCGGUUUCUCUCCCCUUCACGUCGGUGGCGACAAACUGGUUCUUUGCUGCCGAAGAAAAAUCCGUGCAUUAACGAAAAUCGCACAAAAGUCCCGUUAAUAAAAGCGGCCGACCGUUGUUUCUCUUGGAACGGUUCGGGCCCAUUUCCAUUCCGCCUGCGCUCAACGUGCAUUGUGUCAGUGGGCUAUCGGUAUCGGCACACUCCUCUUUAUUUGGUUCACGGCGACGAAAGAAAUUUCUCUCGUUCUAGCGUGAGUGUGACCAGCAAAAAAAUGCCCGAAACUGUGAAACCGUUCCAGCGGCUGCCGAAAACAGUGAAACCGGAACAUUACAAGCUCAAUUUGGUGCCGGAUUUUAAAAGUUUUACCUUCAAAGGGGAUGUGGCUGUGAAAAUUGAGGUGGUCAAAUCCACAGACGAAAUCGUUCUCAACUCCCUAGAACUUGUCAUAGACAAUGCACAAGUUAAAGGCGACAAAGUUUUCAUACCUAAAGACAUCCAAGUGUCUCAUUCUGAUGAGACUGUUACAUUUAAAUUCGAUACCCACAUUGCCCCAGGGUCGUACAGCUUAGAUAUUGUUUUCAAUGGCGAAAUCAAUGAAAAAAUGAAGGGCUUGUAUCGCAGCAAGUAUGUAAAUGAAAAAGGUGAAAAUUCUUACACUGUAGUGACUCAAUUUGAGCCUACUGACGCGAGAAGGUGUUUUCCUUGCUGGGAUGAGCCUGCCUUAAAAGCAACAUUCGACAUCAGCCUAGAAGUACCUAAAAACCUUGUAGCCUUAUCCAAUAUGCCAGUGAAACAAGAAGAAGAAAAGGGCAGUCUUGUUAAAUACAAUUUCGAAACGACUCCAAUUAUGUCUACAUACCUUGUAGCAGCGGUAAUAGGCGAGUACGACUACGUCGAGGACGUAUCCUUAGAUGGGGUGAAGGUGCGCGUUUAUACGCCUAUAGGGAAAAAGGAGCAGGGACUAUUUGCGUUGGAAGUCGCUAGAGAAGUACUACCUUAUUAUAAGGAAUACUUCAAUAUAGCUUAUCCUUUGCCUAAAAUCGAUCUUAUUGCUAUUGCUGAUUUUAGCGCAGGCGCUAUGGAAAAUUGGGGACUGGUUACUUAUCGUGAAUCUGCACUCUUAGUAGAUCCCCAAAACACUUCAGCUGUCAGCAAACAAUGGAUUGCAUUGGUCGUAGGCCACGAACUGGCCCAUCAAUGGUUUGGCAAUUUGGUUACCAUGGAAUGGUGGACUCAUUUAUGGCUAAACGAAGGCUAUGCUUCUUUUGUGGAGUUCCUUUGCGUCAACUACCUCUUCCCCCAAUACGACAUUUGGACUCAAUUCGUCAACGACUCGUACAUAAAAGCCUUAGAAUUGGACAGUUUGAACAACUCCCAUCCCAUUGAAGUCCCUGUAGGUCACCCAUCUGAGGUAGAUGAAAUAUUCGAUGAUAUCAGUUACAAUAAAGGAGCUAGUGUAAUUAGAAUGUUGCAUCACUAUAUUGGAGAUGAAGAUUUCAGAAAAGGAAUGCACAAUUAUUUGACAAAACAUCAAUACAAAAACACUUUCACGGAAGAUCUUUGGGAGGCACUUGAAGAUGCUAGUAAGAAACCUGUAGGUGAAGUUAUGUCAACUUGGACCAAACAAAUGGGAUUCCCAGAAGUUGCUGUAACUAGUAAAGCAGCUGAAGACGGAAAAGGCGUCACUCUUACUCUCACGCAAACGAAAUUCACUGCCGAUGGCUCACCACCAUUGGGCGAUUACUUGUGGAUGAUUCCAAUUUCUAUAGCUACCUCAAAGAAUCCUGGCAAAGAAGUUAUUUCGACAGUUUUAAAGGAGAAAAUUACUGAAAUUUUUGUAGCUGAUGUAACAGAGACUGAUUGGAUUAAAGUGAAUCCUGGAACGAUUGGGUUUUAUAGGACGAAAUAUACACCAGAGAUGCUUGAAAAAUUUGUACCUGCUAUUAGGGAUAAAAGUUUACCACCUUUAGAUAGGCUAGGUUUGAUUGAUGAUCUCUUUGCAAUGGUCAAAGCUGGUCAUACAAGUACAGUGGAAGUACUCAAAUUUCUUAGGGCGUUUGAAGACGAAACUGACUAUAACGUUUGGUCAUCAGUCAGCAACAUUUUGAGCAGGCUUUCGCAACUUCUUGGCAAUACUCCUUAUAGAGAAGGAUACGAAAAGUACCAAAAGCAAUUAUUAAGCAAAGUGCACACACGUUUGGGCUGGAACAGCAAGGCCGAAGAGACCCACUUGCAUACACUAUUGAGAAGUUUGAUUUUGGGCCGUAUGGCCUUGCUCAACGACCAGAAAACUAUUCAAGAGGCCAGGACAAGGUUGGACGAUCAUGUUUCUGGAAAACAAGUUUUGCCAGCUGAUUUGAGAAGUGCCUGUUACAAGACUGUUUUGAGAGCAGGAGGCCAACAGGAAUUUGAUACAUUGUUAAAAUUGUACAGAUCUUGCGAUUUACAUGAAGAAAAAGACAGAAUAAGCAGAUCACUGGGAGCCGCAACUGAUCUUGACUUAUUGAAAAAAGUAUUGGAAUUUGCCAUGUCUGAUGAAGUCCGAUCCCAAGACAAAGUCUUUGUAAUCAUAUCGGCCUCACUCAACAGCAGAGGUCGAGACCUGGCCUGGGAAUUUUUCAAAGACAAUUGGCCCAUCCUGAAGGAACAAUUCAGCGGCGGUUUCCUGCUGGCGCGAUUGGUCAAAUAUUUGGCUGAGAAUUUCACCAGUGAAGAAAAAGCGGUGGAAGUGGAGGCUUUCUUUCAAACGAAUUCAGCACCAGGUACUGAAAGAACUGUUCAACAAGCCAUCGAGACAAUCAGAUUGAAUAGCAAAUGGUUGAAGAGAGACGGAACUGCCAUAGAAAAAUACCUCAAUUAAUUGUUUUAAAAUUUCAAUAAUAGUUAUAGAUGGGUACUUAUAGUUUCUGUACUUAUGUCUUGUUUGUUGUUAUUAUAUUUUUUAAUGGUUUAAUAAUUUGAUUAUAUGCCAGUUACUUGUACCUACUUUAUUAUUAUUAUUUUUUUAAUUUAUAUUGCAUUAUAAUAUUUAUACAAGUCAAAU